UUGUUCUCGUUCUCGUUCCUUGUCUAAGGUGUCAAUAGUCAAUAUAAAAGCACAAUUCCACCAUUUAUACAAGAUCCCCAAUUUCUCUCUUUUUCCUCUGUUUCAAUUGCAAUUUCUCAAAUACUACAUUGUAUUCCUCAAUUUCAAACAGGGUUUUGGGUUUUGAAAGAUGGGAGGUGGCAAGGACAAGCAUCAUGAUGAAUCUGACAAAGGAAUAUUUUCAAACCUUGCUCAUGGGGUAGCUAAUGCAUCACAUGGUGGAUAUGGGUACCCACCUGGGGCUUAUCCACCACAACCUGGGGCAUACCCUCCACACCAAGGGUACCCUCCACAUCAGGGGUACCCUCCACAACAAGGGUACCCUCCAGCUGGAUACCCUCCACAACAAGGUUACCCACCAGCUGGUUAUCCUGGUUCUGCUCCACACAUGCCAGGGUCUCACGGGCAUGGCGGUAUGGGAUCUAUGCUUGCUGGGGGUGCUGCCGCGGCUGCCGCUGCUUAUGGUGCUCACCAUUUAUCCCAUGGUGCCCAUGGUGCCCAUGGCUCACAUGGCUACUAUGCACAUGGUGCAAUGCCCCAUGGAAAAUUCAAGCAGCAUGGACAUGGCAAGUUCAAGCAUGGAAAACAUGGAAAAUUCAAGCAUGGAAAACAUGGGAAAUUUGGCAAGCAUGGUGGGUUCAAGAAGUGGAAGUGAGGAAUGUGUAUGCAACUAUGAUAUGACUCUAGAAUGCUGCUCAAUGUAGAGCUUAUGUUAUAAUAAACCAUACUUGGGAUGAUGUGAUCAAUCUAUCUAUGAUACUUGGCAUGUUUUAUUUCUUGCUUUCUUGUUACUUCAGUACUCUUGGCAUUGACAAAGAUAAACGGUUCUGUUAAGAUUCUAGAAAUUGAACAGAAAAACACAGAUGCAUUGGAUCAAGAGCAGUUCUCGGAGAGUCAUAUGUAGUGAUCGGGUCUAACUUGCAUGGGUUCCAAUAUGUUAUCCGUAGUCUGUAUUUUAUUGUUCCGCUGAAAACUUUUGUUUAUUUGUGAUUAAUAUAAUUUUGAAUUUUUUCUAUGAA